AUGUUUUUCACAUUCUGGAAUUCCUCUCUUUUGGCCGUCGCCGUCUGCAUCCUCUGCCUGACGAAGGGUUCCCAGCCCAGAUUUCAUGCCGUGAUCAUGCUCAUCACCGGUCUCCUCGGUACACAGCUUCACAAGAUUUCCUCACUAGGUACUUGGGUAGUGGGGCUUGGGGUCAUCGUAUUCUUCAACUUUGUCACACUCGCCCUCUCGCCGCUGCAGCUCGUGCUUGCGUGGUGCCUCACCCCCAAGUCUCCAAUCAACCCUGGAAUAACCGUUCUGCACAACGGAGACGAGAAGGGGAAUAUAACGGUUGACAUCGUUGCGGUUCACGGGCUGGGCUCGAAUCCUGACUGGGCGUGGACGUGGGAGGACCAGGCGAAAAAGUGCAUGUGGCUCAAAGACCUCCUUCCGAAAUCUAUUCCGCGCGCCAGAAUCAUGACGUAUAACCACAAUUCGGCGUGGUUCCGCGAUGCGCCCGUGAAGUCCAUCAAGAUUUGCGGGGAGGAAUUAUUAGAGGCGUUGAAUACCGAGAGGUCACACUCAAAGGAGGCUCAGCAGCGUCCGAUUAUAUUUAUAGGUCACAACUUUGGCGGUAUCAUAAUCAAGCAGGCACUCGUUGUGGCGAGCGAGAAGUUUACAGAUGCCACGUUCGACUCCAUCGAAAAGUCGAUGCAUGGAGCCAUUUUCCUGGGCGUUCCGCACGAUGGGUCGCAGCUCACCUAUUGGGGUGAGGUGCUCUCGUACUGCACCUACUGGUUAGGAUCGAGUACGGAGCUUCUGGAAGCGUUACAGCCGGGCGCAGAGUCGCUCCGGGAGCUCAACAGGAGCUUCUUCACCAAUUACGGGCAACGUGACUUGGUGGAUUUCUUUGAGACCCAGAAAACGAAGGCAAUGGGCGUUCCUGUGCUACUGGGAGUGAAUACGCAUGCGAGCACGAACUUGGGGGUGAAGCGGGUGGCCCUAGUCACUGACAACGUCGGGAUGAACAAGUUUAGGUCGGAGACUCAUAUGAACUACCGUCUUGUCCUUGGGCAGCUAACCAGGAUGGUUGAUAAGAUCGAGAAAGAGCAAUUGAAGAGUCUGAGUGCGGAACAGCAUGAAUGCCUGAAGUCGCUCUAUGUGGUUGGGUCAGAUAACAGGCGAGAGAGUAUCGAAAAGGCUCAUCCUUCCACAUUGGAGUGGCUGGACCAGAGUCCGGGUCAGCGGUAA